ACGCUCUCGUCCUGGACGGCUGGGCCCCGAUGGAGCAGGAGGCCUCUGCAGGAUGAGGGAACGCUCUAGUUUAUUUUAUAAUGGAUCACCAUUCAAGAGAAAACGAAAGCAUUGUCCCAUCCCUUACUGAUUUGGAAGGUUUUCUGACAGAGCACAAUUCUAACGUUGUUUGGUUGUUUGUUGCCACAAUCCUGUCAUGUGGAUGGAUCAUUUAUCUAACUUACUACAAUUCCCGUAAUUUAGGAUUGAUACUGACUUUGGUUCUGAACAGGCUGUAUAAAAAUGGAUAUGUUCACAUUGGUUCAUUUUCAUUCUCUGUACUAUCCGGAAAGGUCAUGUUUCGUGAAAUAUAUUAUAUUAAUGAAGAUGUGUCGAUCAGAAUCCAGGAUGGAUUUCUCAUAUUCAGGUGGUGGAAGAUGUACAAUCCGAAACAGAAACAGCAUGAUCCAAAAGCAGAAACUAGAUUGUAUAUAACAGUCAAUGGCUUCGAAUUCCAUGUUUAUAAUCGUUAUGACCUAUAUGCACAUUUACAAGAACUGUUUGGAUUGGAACCAACGAUUAUCCCGAAAAGAGCAAAUACAAAAAUGAAGAAAAGCCGUGAGAAAACAAAGUCUAAACUUGAGAGCAUUAAAACUGAAACACAAGACCCUUCAUCAUCCUGGCGAUCACUUAUUCCAGUUAUUAAAGUUGACAUCAGUACAGGUCGUUUGGCAUUUGGAAACCGCUUUCUGCCCCAGACGCUGUGCAUAAAUUUUGAUGAUGCUUUCCUGACAUAUACUACAAAACCACCUUCCAGCCAUCUUGAUCAAUUUAUGCACAUUGUGAAGGGGAAAUUGGAAAACGUUAGAGUCAUGCUGGUUCCGAGUCCAAGACACGUUUCUAUGCAAAACGAUGAGCCACCUCGUUUGAUGGGAGAAGGUUUUGUCGUAAUGCAGUCAAAUGAUGUUGAUAUUUAUUAUUACAUGGAUGAACCAGGUGUUGUACCUGAAGAAAGCGAUGAAAAUGUUGAAGACAGUCCAGGCAGUGAAAGCACAAAAUUACAAGACUUGCCACCAUGCUGGGGACUGGACAUUGUUUGUGGUAAAGGAACAGAUUUCAACUAUGGACCAUGGGCAGAUAGACAGAGGGAAUGUUUAUGGAAGUUUUUCUUUCCAGCUGACUAUCAGACAUUGAAGGUCACUGAAUUAGCAAAGCCCAGAAAGCCAAGGCAAAUUCUUGCAUUUGAACUACGCAUGAAUAUCAUUGCAGAUGCCACCAUCGAUUUACUUUUCACAAAGAAUCGGGAGACCAAUGCCAUACAUGUAAAUGUUGGAGCAGGGUCAUAUUUGGAAGUUAAUGUCCCUAUGACUGUAAGUGAAAAUGGCUUUUCACCAACUAUUAAAGGUCAGCUUCUCCAUGUGGAUGCAACUAGUAGCAUGCUGUAUCGAACCCUUUUGGAGGCAGAAAUGUUGGCUUUUCAUCUCAAUGCCUUUUACCAAAGGAUAUGGAACAUGCCUCAAGAGUGGCAGUGUGAAAUUGAAGUGUACAAAGCAACCUAUCAUUUUAUUUUUGCCCAGAAGAACUUUUUUACUGAUUUAAUCCAGGAUUGGGCUAGUGAUAAUGCCCCUGACAUCUACUCAUUUGUUCCAUACACUUGGAAGUUGAAAGUGAUGUUCCAUCAGUUUGAGAUGAUAUGGGCAGCAAACCAACAUAACUGGAUAGACUGCUCUACCAAACAGCAAGAAAAUGUAUAUUUAGCAGCAUGUGGAGAAACACUGAAUAUUGACUUCUCAUUACCUUUCAAUGACUUUGUGCCUGAAACUUGCAGCACAAAAUUUUGUUUGAAGGCAGAAAAUCUGGAUUUACGCUUAUUUCUACCAGACUGCCAUCCCAGUAGAUACUCCACAUUUACAUUAGUAAAUGAUUCCCAGGCUAACAAGUUAACUCCUCAAACCUCCUCUUCAUCUGAGACACAAGCUACACUUAAAAUGGGAAAACUAAAAUGGCGCAAUGUUACUCAGCCAGAGACCGACUGGAUUGAGUGCUGGUCUGUUCCAAAUAUCCUACUCUGCAUUGACUAUACUUGGCAUCCCAUCUACCCUCAGAAAGCUGAUGAACAGUUGAAGCAAAGCUUAUUUGAAAUGCAGCAGUCGACAUCAAGAUCAUCACAGAAGUCCUCUGAACGAACUCUGCAUUCUCCUUCAGUUUCACAGCGACAGCGUAUCGAUCCUUCUGAACUUGCACCUGAUAAACUACAUGUUGAGCUAGAAAUGUCUCCUGAUUCACAAAUCAUUUUGUAUGGGCCACUUCUUAAAGCAUUGUUAUCUAUCAAGGAAAAUUACUUUGGAGAAGAUGACAUGUAUACUGAUUUUGAAGAAAUGGCUACAAGCCCUGUGCUGUCAUUGUCAACAUCUUCUAGUUCUGGAUGGGCAGCAGUUGGAGUUGAAGAAAAUGAGAAGAUAGAAGCUGAGCGUGGAGGCAAGCAAAUUCAUCCACUUACACUCCGUCCCUGGGACAUCUCUGUCCUCAUUAAUUUGUGCAAGGUGCAUGGAAAACUUCCAGUGCAUUGCAGCAGUGAUGGUGCAGAAUGCCCAACAGCAUUUCUGGAGAGACUUUGUUUUGAAAUGAAGAAGGGAUACAAAGAGACAAUGCUACAGCUUAUUUUGUCUCCUAUUUACAUUUUUGUGAGCGACAGCUACCCGAGGCCAUCUGUGGAUGGACUACUUCGUGAAGGUCAUAUCAGCCUUUCUGGAUUGCAGUUACGAGCCCAUGCCAUGUUCUCAGCAGAGGGGCUACCUUUGGGCAGCGCAACACUAGAAUAUUCUUGGCUGAUUGAUGUCCAAGCGGGCCUGCUUACUUCUAAAGUAACCUUGCCACAGCUGGCAACUCUGCUAGAGUGGGGCCAAACAUUCAUCUUUCAUGUGAUGUGCCAAGAAUAUGAAUUGGAAAGGCCCAAAUCUGUUGUUUUAUGUCAACACGGUGUUGAUCAGCGCUUCUGUGAUUUGAAGCUGAAAAAUGUGCAUGGACCAUGUCAACGAUCAGAAGAACUGAAAUACGUUAUGACUCGGAUAGCAGUUGAUGGCGCAGAUCUCUUUGUUGUAGAGCAUGGUUGUGCAGCCAGUAUUAAGAUAGGGGUCAUUCGCAUUGCUACUUGUAAUCUUCAUAACCAAGCAGUUGGAGAGGGUGUGAGUGCUGUUGUACAAGAUGUUCAACUGAGACAAUAUAUUGAACAAUUUGAAAAUUGUAGGCUUGGAAUUCAACCCACCAUACUCCGUCGAUCAUGUUGGCUAGAAACUGGUUCAGUAAAUUUUGGAUUAAUCACAGCAGAUGUGGCUUUGGCUGCAGAUCAUCCUGUAAAACAUGAAGCACAAAGACAAUUCUUGGAAACUCAUGAUUACCGAACUAAAAGACUGUGGUUUCUCUGGUCAGAUGAUGAGAUCAAAACCAAGCGAAUGAAGAAUAAGUGUGGGUGUCUGAGUGGUUGUAAGUUCUAUGCAGGCAUGGCAUCAGGGAUGGACUUCUUCAAAUUGGAUGAAAUUACCCCAUCCACCAGUUCUGCUUUCUCUAAUACAUCGACAGAAACUGAUAUGUUCUACGGGCAGUCACUGCUGCAUCCAAAUGAAUGGAUUGUCACUAAAGAUACUUCAAAGACUGCAGAUGGUAAAACAAAUGGGACAAAAAGGAAAGAAUGGGACUCGAGAUCGUUGGGAACAAAUUCAGAGAAAAAGAGCCAGUACCAAAAUUUGCAAGUGCCUUUACGAUCUCACAGUUCAACAUCCUCUUCUGAAGAAAAUAGUAGUUCUACUGCUGCACUCCCUUUGUUGGCAAGUGAAAGAAACAGUCCAUCCUCUAAUGCUGAUGAUAGUAUUCCACAGAUGCAUAUUCCUGUUUCAAGUACAAACACUGAGGAAACAGUUGGAAACGGUCCAACAAAUGUUUCAGGAAGCACACCAGUUUCUCCCAAUAAUCAAGACAGAACAUUAGUUCGCUCUCCUUUGAAGCGACAAGCUUCUGUCUCUUCUACACGGCUUGGGAGUACAAAGAGUUUAUCAGCAGCUAUUUUUGGUGAGCGGCAGACUGCAGCAAUGGGUGUACAAUUCACCAGCGAAGUGUCACGCAGUGACGAGAAUGUUCUGGAUUCUCCUCGUCAGCGGAGGAGCUUUGGAUCCUUUCCCUUUACUCCAUCAUCAGAUUCUAAUACUUUCCAUCAGUAUCGAUCAAUUGAUUCAAGCAUAUCUGUGGCUGAAAGUGAGGCAUACUUUUCAGCAGCUGAGGACUUUGAUCCAGUCAGUAGCGAUGAAGGCCCAGGUACCUACCCAGGAAGAAAGAAAAGACGUCGUACCCAAGGAAUUGAUUCGACCAGGAAUACAAUUUAUCGUAGUGUAGAGGGGCCAUUAAAUAGUUCUGUUAGCGGAGAAAGCCAGGAACUGAAAAACUAUCCUAUGCAAGCUCAUGCCUCUCAGGCCUCUUUUGUAUCAGCUCUUGAAGGAGAUGAAGAAUCAGCUGAUCAUAUAUACACUGCUGAAGGUGAAAAAGCUGUAGAUAACAAACAGAUGUCAUGUCAACAAAUUGUGAUGUCUUGUUACUUAAAUUACCUUACACAACUGCAGGUAUCCAACUGGUCAGUAAAACAGCCAACAAACAAGAGAACAUCAAAAUCUUCGCUGCACAGGCCUCUAGACCUUGAUACACCAACCAGUGAAGAGAACUCUUCUUCGUUUGACCAGCUUUCUAUCCCCAUGUUUAAGAUCAUCAAACAAGGUCUUGCAGCAAAUGCAUUACUCGACAGAGGUGCUCAACUCAUGGGAUCAAAUUCGAGUACUCCUUACACUCCACUGGAAAGAACAAUAAUGGAAAGUACAGAUGACACAGUUACUGAACAGUGGAGCCUUGAUCAGCCAGUCUCUCAAACCAGGACCACUGCCAUAGUAGAAGUAAAAGGAACAGUGGAUAUUGUCCUUACCCCACUUGUGACCGAAGCCUUUGACAGAUAUUUUGAAGCAAUGGUUCACUUUUCUAGUAUUUGGCAUCCUGCUGCGAUUGUGGAUGAUCUACAUGCUAAAGUGCUGAAGGAGGCGUAUCUGAACAGCAAGUCAGCUAGUUCGGAAUUGGCAACUUCAAGACAUGAAGGUCGAGUUUCCAAAAUAGAAAAUGGGGCAACUGGUAUGACCAAAACCGGCCAGACACAGUCAAAUCCAGCAAGUAAACAAGAUAAUGUGAAGAUAAAGGGUCUUCAAGCUAAUGUUUCCAUACCAAAGGUUAAUUUAUGUCUUUUGCAAGCAUCAGUGGAAAAACCUCCAACGUCCAGUACAAACAAGAAUGUCACUCAGGUUUCUCUGGUUGCACUGUGUUUUGACAGAAUUUCUACACAGAUUCUGAUGAACAGGGGUAUAGUAGAAGAUGGAAGCAGCAACCUCGAUGCAGGCAAAGCAUCUGUUGUGUUUGAUAAAUAUAUAAAUACUAGUAAGAUGCAGCCACAGUCAUCUGGCUCCUUGAGGUCAAAUUCUGGAGCAGAGAGGGGAAAAGAGUUGGCAGCCAAACUCAAUGUCCAUCGCAUACAUGGUCAGUUACGAGGUCUUAAUACAGCAGAUUUAGGAAUUUGUUCUAUUACUGCAAUUCCUUUUGAGAAGUCAAAAGUUCUUUUCACUUUGGAGGAACUGGAAGAUUUUACUUUCGUGGAUGAAACUGAGCCACUUAAAACUGCAGACACGACCAAAGCGUCACAGAAUAUGGAAAAGUGGGGAUGGAUCAUGUUUGAGUGUGGCAUUGAAAAUUUGACUGUAAAAGGAGGAAGACAGUCAGGGGCUAUUCUGUACGAUGUUUUGGGUGUUCUGGGUAAAUCAAAUACAGUUGAAAGAAAUGGAAUGCUAAAAUCAGGUGAUUCUACUGGUUCUCCAACUGGCAGUGGCUAUAGCACUGAUGUAUCAGAGGAUAAUCUCCCUCGUGAUGAAAAGAGUCCAACAUCAGGGAUCAAUGGGAAUUCAGCAUCUGAUGAUCAGGAUGAAGGGGUAGAGUCUGAUGAUCUUAAAAAGGAUCUUCCUCUGAUGCCACCACCGCCAGAUUCCAGCAGCAUGAAACUUACGAUUAGUGAAAUUUGGUUUAGCUUUGCAGCACCAACCAAUUUACAUUCACGUGUCCAGACUUAUUCCAGGCAACUUAACCUUUUAAGCACAGCUACUCCAGCUAUUAGUGCCUGGCUUAUUCCAGUUGAUCAGCUGAAAUCCUCCGUGAAUAAAUUGGAAAUGGAACGAACCCUGCGUGUAUGUGCUGUAAUGGGCUGCAUCAUGACAGAAGCUCUAGAGAGGAAGAGCGUGCACUUUCCAUUGAAGAGCAAGUACAAUAGAGUGACCAAAUUAGCUCGGUAUCUACAGGAAAACCCUUCCUGUUUAUUGUGCAAUAUACUCCAUCGGUACUUGCAGCAGGCUGACUAUUCUGUCAUUGAGGAUGCCACAAUGAACAAUGGUCUUCCUGCCCUUGUCACUCUAAAGAAGGGUUUGGUGGCAUUAGCAAGACAGUGGAUGAAGUUUAUAGUGGUCAGUCCAGCUUUCAAAGGAGUUAGUUUACAACUUAAACCAGCGCAACUUCCAAAACUGCAACCAGCAUCACAUGUUGGUGGCUUGGACAAUGGAGGAGCCAUCCAAAGUGAUACAAGUGCUGACGGAGCAGAAUUUGAAUUUGAUGCUGCCACAGUAAGUGAACACACCAUGCUCUUAGAGAGUAGUCGUCCACCAGCGGGUGGAAUUUCCUCUGGACCAGUAACCGGCUCUGACAUCAUGAGAAAGUUAUCCAAAACAAAUGCUCAUGCACACGAAUCCACACUUAAAAUUAAAGGUGUCCACCCUUACCAGUCCCUCAGCUACACCAGCGGCGAUACAGUAGCAGAUUCACCAGCCCAUGUCAGUCGUGCAGGAUUACCAACAAGAGACAGUCCGAGAAAGGAAAGUCUACUGAGCUACCUGACUGGGAGCUUCCCUAGUCUUCACAAUCUCCUUGAAGGAACUCCACAACGUGGUGCAUCAGGAAUUAAAAGCAGUUCACUUUCACGGCCAGGGAAUACUGGCACUGCAGAGAUGUUAUCAGAACACCCUCUCCUAUCUGAGCCAUCAUCAGUUAGUUUUUAUAAUUGGAUGUCAAAUGCUGUGAGUAACCGAGGAAGUAUUACUCAAGAGUCGCCAGUUCCUAGAUCUGGACAUAACAGCCUUCCAACAGGUUUGACAUAUAAUCUUCCAACAAUACAAUCUGCAUCUGACUUUAAUACAGUGCUGUCAAGUGAUCAGAACACGCUGGAUGGCACACAGUCUCAGAACAGCACUAGUCAGGACGAAAUUGUUGGCAUUGAGGAGGGUAACCAAGGCCCUCCUGCUGUUCAGUUGGCUGAUGCACAGGUUGUUUUUAAGCCUUUGCUGAGUAAUACAGGAGUUCAGUCACAAGAUAUUGCACCUUUAACUUAUGGAAUGUACUUUGGGGAACACUUGUCAUUCUCUGGGAGCCUGGACUGUCUCAGGGCAGAUAUUGUUGAUUCUGACACAUCCAAAGAGAGAAAGAUCAGAAAAAAAAGAAGACAGGGCAUGAUAAACCUACCACCUCUUGAUUUCAAACCAGCAUUGAUGUUUGAUACAUUCAGCAUAAAUGCAGUUGUGAUGGAUAGACCGACUAGCAACCAAAGCUCAACUAAUGCUCUUACUUUCCACGAACUUAGUAGGCAUCACCAAAACACCUUUCAUGUUAACUUCACUAUCUCCUGUCAGUCUAUCAGCCAGCAUGUGGACAUGGCAUUGGUUCGUCUCAUUCACCAAUUUAGCACAAUGGUUGAUGAUAUAAAGGCCACUCAGACAGACAUUAAACUUAGCAGAUACACAGCUGGGUCUGUGUCCCCCACACCAACAUUCAAAACACGCAAACAUCGAGAUUUUCGGUCAUCAGAUUUCAGUCGCAGUUCUCGAGGCAGUCUUAAUGGAGGUGUCAGAGGAAAUAGCACUAAAGUAAAUAAAAGACUUGGGAAUGAGAACAGUAAAAGAGAGUCACGCAAUAAAAAUUCAUCUGGGCCAACACAAAGAAGAACCUCAAAGGUUUCUAGGAAGGGAUCGAAGGAUGUUGUAGAUCAUGUGACUAUUCAAAUGGAUGAUUCUGACUCGAUCACGGUGUCUGAGCAAAGUGAACCAUCUGCAGAGUGUUGGCAGAAUAUGUACAAGCUGCUUAACUUUUAUUCAUUAAUAUCUGAUCCAACGGGCAUUCUUGAAAAAUCUUCCCCCGAUGUGUUAGGUCCUACAGAUACAGGUGGAAGAAGUCCCACUGAACCUGGCUGCAGAGUAGUUUUUGAAAAUGAACAGGAUUGCUCAAGUCCGAACAGACUGUCGAGGAAGCGCAGCUUAGUAAGUGCUGAACCCCACCAUGUCACACUAAUAGUGUUUGGAGUUGGUAUGGUGAACCGCACUCAUCUAGAAGCAGACAUCGGAGGCUUAACAAUGGAAGCAGAGCUUAAGAAGAUUCAUGGAAGCUUUACAGUAAAGGAGAAAAUGAAAGAUGUUUUACACCAAAAGAUGACUGAAACUUGUGCAACUGCUCAUAUAGGUGGUGUAAAUAUAGUCCUGUUGGAAGGCAUUACUCCAAAUAUUCAAACGGUAGUUAAAUGCAGUAUUGCCAAAUCUCAGGCUCUUUAUAGUGCCCAGAGAGGAUUGAAGACGAACAACACAAUGGUUAUAAAAGUAGGAGCCAUUAGUAUCAAUAUCCCACAGCAUCCUGCCACAUUGCACAGUAUGAUGGUUCGCAGUUCUCAUCAGCUCUCCAAGCAAAUUUCUGAUCUCAUUCGUCAACCAUCAACAAAUGUACCGAUGACAAAGGACGAUCUCUCCACUCCACAAACAUGUGAGAAACCUGUUUCAAGUGUCAAUCAAACACCUGUUGAAACAAAUGAAUUUCCUCAGCUGCCAGAAGGUUUGGAAAAGAAGCCAAUUGUACUUAAAUUUAGUGCCUUAUUGGAUGGAAUUACCAUUGGUGCAGCACUACUGCCAUCUCUCAAAGCAGAGUACAAAAUGGGCAGAAUGAAAAGUCAUGGAAUGACAGGAGCCCAAACUAGAUUCACAUUUGAGCUGCCCAAUCACAAGCUACGUUUCCAGUCCAAAGUGACACCUGUUGAUAUGGCAGCGUUACCUCCGUCAGCCAGCCUUAACCUACCACAGGUCACCAUGUCCGGAGAAUACAUCAUGGAGGAACAUGAGAGUUACCCAGACAAAUCCUGGAAUGGAGAUGAGUUUCCAUUGAAACAAGGCAAUUAUCUGCAGGGGAACUAUUUACGCUGUGUUGCUGAGGUUGGUUCUUUUGAGCACAACUUGACAACAGAUCUUUUGAAUCAAUUGGUCUUUUUGCAGAAAGUUUUCAUGAAGGAGGUUAAUGAAGUUAUUCAGAAAGUUUCUGGAGGGGAGCAACCUAUCCCACUAUGGAAUGAACAUGAUACAUUAAUGGAUGGAGAAAAGCCAAAAAUUCUGUUGUAUUCUUUGAAUCUGCAAUUUAAGGGCAUCCAGGUUACAGCAACUACCCCUUCAAUGAGAGCUGUAAGACUAGAGACUGGAUUAAUUGAACUGGAACUUUCAAAUCGCAUCCAAACGAAAGCUCAGCCUGGUGCAGGUCGUAACAGCAGCUAUCUGAAAUUGUUUGGUAAAUGUCAGGUUGACUUGAACCUGGCAUUAGGACAGAUUGUCAAGCAUCAGGUCUAUGAAGAAGCUGGUUCAGAUUUUCAUCAAGUAGCAUAUUUCAAAACACGGAUUGGAUUGAGGAAUGCGCUUCAAGAAGAGAUCAGUGGUGCUUUUGAUAGGGAAGCUGUUCUCAUCACACUUAGUCGACCAAUAAUAUAUGCACAACCUGUGGCUUUUGACAGAGCUGUCCUUUUCUGGCUGAACUACAAAGCAGCUUAUGACAAUUGGAAUGAACAGCGGAUGGCACUGCACAAGGACAUCCAUGUGGCUACAAAAGAAGUUGUUGACAAACUGCCUGGAAUCCAGCAGACCUCUGCCCAAGCAUUUGGCACACUCUUUUUGCAGCUAACUGUGAAUGAUUUGGGCAUCUGCUUACCUAUCACCAGCACUAUACAGGGUAAUCACAAUAUUGAUUUUGAUCCUGGGUCAGCUAUGGUUCUUACGAUUGAGAGCACUUUGAUCACCGCUUGUUCAUCUGAAUCCCUCGUCAGCAAGGGUCACUUCAAAAAUUUCUGCAUACGGUUUGCUGAUGGAUUUGAAACUAGUUGGGAUGACUGGAAACCAGAACUACAGGGUGAUAUAGUAAUGAAUGCUUGUGUUGUACCAGAUGGAACAUAUGAAGUAUGUUCACGGACUACUGGGCAGGCUGCAGCAGACAGCAGUAGUGCGGGAACCUGGACAUUGAAUAUCUUAUGGAAAAUGUGCGGUAUUGAUGUGCACAUGGAUCCCAAUAUAGGAAAAAGACUCAAUGCCUUGGGUAACACAAUGACAACUCUGACAGGUGAGGAAGAAAUUGAUGACAUCGCUGACCUGAACUCGAUCAACGCAGUUGACUUAACAGAUGAGGAUGAAACUGACAGUAUGUCUCCUACUGUAAUGGCUAAUACAGGUGGAAGCGCAAUAAAACGCAACUCUAUGAAACUUUCUUUUGGGCAACGACUUGUAAACCAGUUCCUUGGUCUGGGUACUAUGCACCAGGAAUACUGUUUUACAGCAGAAACUCUGUCUAGUCCUGAGAGUCGCAACCAAGCAAAAUCUAAAUGUUUACAUUCAAAAGCAUCCCGUUCUCACUCUUGGCAUAGUGAAAAUACUGACUAUCGAAGACAGGGUUCGAUUGGAAGCCAGACUGCAGAUUCAAGAGGAAGAAAGUUUAUAAAACGUUUAGUGGACAUCAGGGAAUUGAAUGAACAAGCCAAAGUCAUCGAUGACCUAAAAAAACUUGGUGCAAGUGAAGGAACAAUAAACCAAGAGAUACAGCGUUAUCAACAACUAGAAUCUGUUGCUGUUAAUGACAUCCGUCGGGAUGUUCGGAAAAAAUUACAACGAUCCAGUAUGAGGGCUGCAUCCCUUAAAGAUAAAUGGGGUCUAGGCUAUAAGCCUAGCUACAACAGAUCAAAAAGUAUUUCUGCCUCUGGAAGACCACCUUUGAGAAGACUGGAAAGGACAAGUUCCAGAGUAGGUGAGCCAGAAGAGCCGAAUGAAAUCCAAACUUCAGAACAACCUAUACAUGGAUCAGGCACUGGAACAAGAGUGACUUUCAAGGUACAAGAAACGUUGAAUGAUACAGCUUUGGGCCUUACAAAACAAGUCAGCACUCCAAAAGAAGGGUAUUUUCAGUUCCCUGAGGAGACAGAAUUGGAUCUGUUAUCAAUCACUGCCGAUAGUCCAUCUCAUUACUCACCCAUCAGUGAACGUUCAGUGUUUAGUUCACCCAGAACCCCACAUGUCGUUCAACAAAGAAUUGCCUUCCAGCUUGAUGAUGCAAAGCGAGACGACAGUUUGUCAUCUUCUAGUGAAGAGUCUGACCGCGAUGAAGAAUAUGAGAAAGAAAAACCUCAAUACAUCAGGAGGACACCACAUAACAUACGUAAAAAAAAUGCAGGGCUUGCUGCAGUCCAACAACUUUUUACUGAUCGUUGGCCUUCAACAUCAAUAAAUAGAAAUUCCCUAAAUACUGCAACAGAACGGAACAUUGAUUUCGAGCUUGAUGUUCGUGUGGAGAUUGAGAGUGGAAAAUGUGUACUACAUCCAACUACACAGCAGCUGCAGCAAGCAGAACAUGAUGAAUUCAACAUUAAAAGGAGUAUUGAGAAGAGUUUAAAAAAUUUGGAUCAAGAUACUCCAGCAAAAAGGAGAAAAACACAUCAGAAUUAUCAAUCAACUUCACACUUAAUAGGUGGAAAAAAAGUGCCGCAUACUCUACAAACUAAAACGACGGAGUUCGAGAACACAGUAUUUUACAUUCCAGGAGUAGAUGUAAAGUUGCAUUACAACUCCAAAACACUGAAGGCAGAUUCUCCAAAUACCUCCAGAGGAUCAUCUUUGCCAAGAACUCUGUCUAAAGAAUCCAAACUGUAUGGUAUGAAAGAUAGCGGUCCUCCCCCUGCAUCCACUACUAAUUACAGCAAGGCUAACUUCCUGCUUCCUCCCCCUCCCCCACCAUUACCAUCAGCCAAAGGAAAAGGAAGUGGAGGUGUGAAAACAGCGAAACUGUAUGCUUGGGUUGCUUUACAAUCUCUUCCUGAAGAAAUGGUGAUCAGUCCUGGCCUGCUGGACUUCCUAGAAAAAGCUCUGGAAACAAUUCCUAUAACUCCAAUUGAAAGACAUUAUACAGCCCUCAGCUCCCAAGAUGAAGAUGUGGGUCAGUUUGACGUUCCUGAACCAUUGGAAGAAUCAACAACAUCUUUAGUAUCAUCAUCUACCUCAUCGUAUUCUUCUUUUCCAGUAGAUGUUGUAGUUUAUGUGAGGGUGCAGCCUUCACAGAUUAAGUUCAGUUGUUUACCUGUAUCAAGAGUUGAAUGUAUGUUAAAGCUACCUUCACUGGACUUGGUGUUCUCAUCAAAUCGAAGCGAUCUAGAAAGUUUGGGUUUCUCACAUGCUUUCGACGGAUCUCAAAUGUCUGCCACUGCCACAUCACUACUCGCUCAAACCGUAUUAAAAACUGCUGCUAACAAAACAGGUACACCAACUGGAUUUGGAAGCCCUCUUGGAAGAAGCCGACAUAACAGCAGUCAGUCUGAUCUCUCUUACUCCAGCACUACUGCAUCAGGCUUGAGUUUUACAGCUUGCAUGUCCGAUUUCUCCCUGUAUGUAUUCCACCCAUAUGGAACUGGUAAACAGAAAACAGUUACUGGCCUGACUCCUGGAUCAAGUGCCCCUGGUGCUGUUGAUGAAGAAGCCAGUUCUGUCACCGGUCGUAAGGAUUCUCUGAGUAUUAAUCUUGAAUUUGUGAAAGUCAGCUUGUCUAGAAUGAGACGGUCUGGAGGGGGUACAUUGUUUGAUAAUCAAAUACCAAUCAAAAUUAAUAACAAAAUGGAAACCACCUUAAUUAAUAUCUCUGCUGUUUGUGACAUUGGAUCUGCUUCCUUCAAGUAUGAUAUGCGCAGACUUAGUGAAAUUCUAGCAUUCCCAAGAGCCUGGUACAGGAGAAGUAUUGCUCGGCGCCUCUUCCUUGGUGAUCAGACAAUUAACUUACCAGUUUCUGGACCUGUGACUCCAGAUUCCAUUGAAAACCAGCAGCUUUCACCUGAAUCAACACGCAAGGCUUAUUGGCGUACCUGGGAGCAAUCAGCACAGUCUUCUAAUUAUUCACACUUAACUCAGACAUCAAAUGUCUUCAAUGACAUGUCUUCAGCAGCAACUAAUAGUACAUCGCCAGCUGGCCUGAUUCAUAGUGUGAAAUCUCCUUCAGCUGUCCGAGCUAGAACGAUUUCAGAUUCAUCUACUCCAAGAAGAGAUUCCAUUACUAAGCUCAGUACACCGUCAUUCAAUAAGAAUGGAAAGGCAGCAAACCAACAAACAGCACCCUGGGAGACAUUGGUUGUUUUUGCAAUUAACCUGAAGCAGCUAAAUGUUCAAAUGAAUAUGAGUAAUGUCAUGGGGAAUACCACGUGGACGACUAGUGGAUUAAAAAGCCAGGGGCGAUUAUCAGUGGGUAGCAACAGAGACCGAGAAAUAUCAAUGUCUGUUGGUCUGGGGAGAUCUCAACUAGAUUCAAAGGGAGGAGUGGUUGGUGGUACUAUUGAUGUAAACACGUUGGAGAUGGUUUCUCAUAUCUCCGAACACCCAAAUCACCAACCCAGCCACAAAAUCCAGAUUACACUGGGCUCUACUGAUGCACGAGUUGAUUAUAUGGGAUCCAGUAUCUUGAUGGGAAUUUUCAGCAAUGCAGAUUUGCAACUACAAGAUGAAUGGAAAGUGAAUCUUCAUAAUACAGUGGACUUAAGUAUGACUGAGAAAAGUGAAGUCUUUGUUCAUGGAGAUCUACAAUGGGACAUCUUCCAGGUCAUGAUCUCACGAUCAACCACACCAGACCUAAUUAAAAUUGGAAUGAAACUGCAGGAAUUUUUCACUCAGCAAUUUGAUACUAGCAAAAGAGCCCUUUCUACCUGGGGACCUGUCCAGUACCUACCUCCAAAAACACCAGUAAUAAAUGUAGAGCGGAGUUCCAGUGAACAUUUGCUAGAUGCAGCACAUCAUCGGCAUUGGCCAGAAGUGCUAAAAGUGAUUGCUGGAUGCCAGAUCUCCCUCUUCCAGAUGCCUUUGCCCGAAGAUGCAGUACAGCUAGGUGGAUCUAUGAGUUUGCAUGGAAAUCAUAUGACUCUGGCAUGCUUUCAUGGACCAAAUUUCCGGUCAAAGUCUUGGGCAUUAUUUCACCUUGAGGAGCCCAACAUUGCUUUCUGGACCGAAGCUCAGAAAAUCUGGGAAGACGGUGCUAGUGAUCAUUCAACGUACAUUGUACAAACACUGGAUUUUCAUUUGGGACACAAUACAAUGGUUACAAAGCCUGGUGGUGCUUUAGAAAGUCCCAUGGCAACAAUUACAAAAAUAACGAGACGCCGUCAUGAAAACCCACCACAUGGUGUUGCAACUGUUCAGGAAUGGUUCAACUAUGUUACUGCCAUGCGAAAUGAAGAGCUAAACCUUCUUCGAAAUGUUGAUGCUAACACCCGAGACAGUAAAGCAACUAUUAAAAGUUCCAAUCUUCUGAGUGGCUUCCGUGGAACUGCCAACUACAAUCAUGAGACAGAAACGAUCUUUGCUUUGCCAAGGAUGCAGCUGGAUUUUAAAUCAAUACACAUGCAGGAACCUCAAGAACCUUCACUGCAAGAUCCGAACAGUAAGCCAAAGGUAGAAUGUAGUGUUGUGACAGAGUUCACUGAUCAUAUUUGUGUGACCAUGGAUGCUGAACUGAUUAUGUUCUUGCAUGACCUUGUAUCUGCUUACCUCAAAGAAAAAGAGAAAGCUAUAUUUCCUCCUCGAGUGCUUGCCAUUCGCCCAGGCCAAAAAAGUCCUGUUAUGGCUCAUGAUGACAGCUCUACAAAUAAAAGUAAAGAGGAGGUGAUCUAUACAACUGUGGACUGGAGAGAGUUUGUUUGUAAUACCUGGCAUCUGGAACCCACAUUAAGAUUAAUUUCCUGGACUGGAAGGAAGAUUGACCCAGUAGGUGUAGACUAUAUUCUUCAAAAACUGGGAUUCCAUCAUGCCAGAAUAACCAUUCCAAAAUGGGUGCAGCGAGGUGUCAUGGAUCCACUAGAUAAGGUGCUCUCAGUUCUUAUUAAAAAGCUUGGAGUGGCACUGCAGGAUGAGAAAGAAAAGAAAGGAAAAGACAAGGAGGAACAUCAAAAAUAAGUGUAUUACAAGAGUACAGCAACAUUUGCUAUUGCUGUAAAUUUCAUUUGCAGGUCUUGUAGUAUUCCAAAUAUGCAUUUCACUAGUACUUCAAAUUUUAUUUUUGCUAAGUUAUUGUUAAGCAAACUUUAACUGGAAAUUAUUUAUAUGUUGUCAAUUAAACUCUGCACUACUGCUUUCUCAACAAGUAAAGUUGUUUUACUGUGGAACAUGGUACCAUUCUAAACUGGUUAACUAAUUAUUGCACAAUUACUGUGAUGUAUGUAUGUUUGUAUAGAUACAGAGUGAAAGUACAGUGAAGUGUCAAGUGCUGUUUGGCAUUCUGAUUUUUAUUGUGAUUAUGUGCAAUGCAUUUAAUGUUUUUGUAUUAUAAUUACUAAAAUAAAUAGCAACAGAAUUGUCUUACAUUUCAUUGAUCAGAAUUAAAUACCUGUUGUUAUGCAUUUGUUGAUCUUUAUGCUAUGUGACUGCAUUAUUUUGAGAACAAGUGUGCUGUGAUUUUGGCUAAAACUUGAUCAGUUUUAUUGUAAAUGAAAAAAAUGGUCAUGAGUUCAUCUGAAUUUGUCACAAAUAA